UAACAACCACGCGUCUAAGAUAAAAUUUACAAUUACAUAAUCGUGACACUGAUUACUAUUCUAAAAGUGUGCUAAUAUAAUUGAAACAAUGUGGAGGUCAGUACAAAUUUUCUGUGUAUUUUACUGCUCUAUAGUUAAAGACUAUGUGGCGAGCGAAUGCCCUAAUGGAUGGACAUAUUAUGAGAGCUCAUGUUAUUUCUUUGGUCACUCUGAUGUAGAUUUCUUAGAUGCCGAGAGAUUUUGUUCACAUUAUGGAGCUCAUUUAGUUUCCAUAGAAACCGCUAAUGAGGGUACCUUUGUUAAGAGUUAUCUGGCAGACCUGAAAGACCCUUAUCACUGGAUCGGACUGACGGACGAAAUUAUUGAAGGGCAAUGGAAAUGGCAAGCUAACGAUUCUACAUCAAAUUAUACAGACUGGUAUCCGGGUCAGCCAGAUGGACACAAAGGUUCAAACUGUGCGGGUAUCUUUGCCAACCAUCGCUACCAAUGGCUUGAUGUAGCGUGUACCAGUAAAUACAGACCACUUUGUGAAAUCCCAUCAAACGGAGAGACAAUAAUUGUCGGCUGAUGAAUUGUAAACUUGCUUGUUAUUCUAUGCAUAAUUGUUUAAUUUAAGAAAUAAAGAGUUAUUAUUUUUUCAUCAUAAA